UGUCUAUGGCGUACAAAUGAAAAGCAAAUUCUUUUGAGAAAAUUGGAACGCACCGAGGGCGGAGGCCAUUGUUUCGAGUCACAUCAUUUUAUUUCUUUCCAUUCGACAAACCUUAUAAAUUUCAUUCAAUUUUAGAAAUAGUUAGAAGUGUUUGCGUAUCAAUAGUUAUUUUAGUUGCAGAGCAUUUGGAGUGUUUUGUUUUAAAUCAAGGGACGAACAUCUGUGUGUACGUGCCAAGUGUCUAUAUUCUUCACCGAAUACAUUAUAAUGGUCCUUGGUUCCAUUCGAGAGUAGCUCCGUAUAAGUGAUACUACAGCUGUACUUGUAAUUUGAGGAAAGAACUACGCAGUCCAACAAGAUGUCAUCGUUCCAGCAGAUACUGGCUUUUCGAAAAGAGAUUCUUGUCGCGGAGAAAUACAGGAUCAUACGUAGGAUCGGAGGUGGUUCGUUUGGUGACAUCUAUCUCGGCAUUAACAUCGUCAAUGGCGAGGAGGUAGCUGUAAAGGUAGAAUCUAUAAAAGCGCGGCAUCCGCAGCUUCUCUAUGAGAGCAGAGUGUAUAAAAUGCUCCAAGGGGGCAUCGGAAUACCACACAUAAGAUGGUAUGGCUACGAAAAGGACCACAACAUCCUCGUGAUGGACCUGCUGGGUCCAUCGCUGGAGGACCUGUUCAACUUCUGCUCGCGCCAAUUCACCAUCAAGACUGUGCUCAUGCUUGCAGAUCAAAUGAUGGGGCGCGUGGAGUUCAUCCACUGCAAGUGCUUCAUCCACCGGGACAUCAAGCCGGACAACUUCCUCAUGGGCAUCGGCCGCCACUGCAACAAGCUCUACAUGAUCGACUUCGGCCUCGCCAAGAAGUUCCGCGACAUCCGCACGCGCGCGCACAUCAGCUACCGCGAGGACAAGAACCUGACCGGCACUGCCCGCUACGCGUCGAUCAACGCGCACCUCGGCAUCGAGCAGUCUCGGCGAGAUGACAUGGAAUCACUCGGCUACGUACUUAUGUAUUUCAAUAGAGGAUCGCUGCCAUGGCAAGGACUGAAAGCGAUCACUAAGAAGCAAAAGUAUGAACGAAUUAGCGAGAAAAAGAUGUCCACUCCAGUUGAAGUGCUUUGCAAGGGAUUCCCGGCUGAGUUUGCGAUGUACCUAAAUUACUGCCGUGGUCUUAGCUUCGACGAACCUCCAGAUUACAUGUAUCUCAGACAGUUGUUCCGCAUCCUGUUCCGCACGAUGAACUACCAGUACGACUACACGUUCGACUGGACGAUCCUGCGCCAACGCAAGCAGCAGUCCAUGGAGGCAGGCGCGGCGCCCGCGGACCGCCGUUCGCCGUCCGUGCAGCGCCGCGCCGCGCAGCAGCCGGCGCAGCCGCCGCCCAACAACGAGUGAAAGAGACGUCGUUCGGCAGCCACGGGCGCACCGGCGAAGAAGCGAGCGCGAUAACGUUGUGUGUGUGAGUGUGCGUGUGUAGAGUGGACACUGGUGCGAGUGUGUGUGCGUCGGACGCUCGUCCCCAUCACCGCUGCCGACGUUGGCUCGUGACGUCACUUGACCGGAUAUAUCCAUCCGACGAUUUCUAAUGUCUAAUUUAGUAGUUUAACGGGCCAGAUUCAGAACCACUUCCUUUUUGGAAGCCGGCUUAAAAUAGUAUUUGCUGGGUAUUUUAAAAGUUAAAAGUAAUGGAAUUAAAAUAAAAGUGCAAACUGGUUCUCAAGGUUAUAUGAAGUCUUAACUCUUAAUCCAUACUGCGCCAGUGUGGUGGACCGUGGCUGUGCCAUCUUAAUUCUGGGAGGAAAUUCGUGUUUAAUAAGGCCGUGGCAAUGGAUGAUGAUGAUGAUGACAAGUGCAAACUAAAAUCUACGGAACGGUGCGCGUCUGAUCUCUCUCCGUUCGUGUCGGAUUUCCAUCCCAUCGGCCUAUGAGAGUAAAGGAAAGAGAGUGCAUCUGUGUUUGUGAACUAUGGCCGAAUUCCAAGCGGAGCACAGUAUUAUUCUUUUUCCAAAAAAAACCAUGCGGAAAAGGAUAGCAAUACUUAGUAGCUAUCAUUUUAUUUUCAAGAUUGCUUUUAAAACAAUAAAAAUCAUGCCCACACCAUUUGUAUAUGGUAAUAAAGUUCAUUACAGAAGGUUAUGUCCAAAAGUGGAUGUCCACGGCUGAUGAUAUUGAUGAAGGUUAAACAACCAAGUAGGGUCCGAAUACUGUUGAAAUUUUUUAUUGGGUCCAGAAAA